AUGUCAGACAAUGAUAAACAUGGGCGCCCGGACGGAACGUGGGUUGCGCAGUUGGAUAUAUGUAUUGCAAAGGGGGCAGAGAUCCCGGAAGGGGACACACAUCUCCUUGAACGUCUGGCCCUGAAUGAAACGCCCGCAGAUCUGCGCUCAGAGACGUGUCUCACCCUGGCGGCCGACUGGCUGGCUAAGUGCUCACGGGAGCACAUAGAGUGCGGUACAGACAAAGACCAACCAGCCCUUCUUCCCACACGCGUCAUUGACGUCGGCAACUCACUCACACCACCUCAUUUACAUGUCAGCGAGGACGGCGAAACUGAGAAAUGGGUGGCACUGAGCUAUUGCGGCGGCAAGGACUCAGACUUCACUCUCAACGCUUCAUCUUUUAAUAAUCUUCGCAGCGGACAGCCUCUGUCGGACUUCCCGCCUAGUCUACGGGAUGCUGUCCUCGUGACAAGAGCACUAGGAGUUCGUUACUUAUGGGUCGACUCCCUCUGCAUUUUUCAAGAUGAUCCCAACGAUUUGGCGGUCGAAGCUUCGAAAACGAGCCGCGCUUUUAGCAAUGCAGUAGUCACUAUUGCCGCUACGAGUGCGGAAACGGUGAACGACGGGUUUCUGGAUAAACGGGAACCGCAUUAUAACUGCUACUUCCCUUGGCGUCGGUACGAUCACCCCGAUAGCGUCAAAACAUACCCAGUCAUCUUUCGAAGCAGCAAAAGUCCGAUCAACAAGGACCGGCCGAGGGAUUCGCGUUGGGCCACGAGCGGCUGGACGCUCCAGGAGGAGCUCCUGUCGAAACGACUCUUGUAUUAUACAAAAAGAGAGAUGAUCUGGGAAUGCCGCGCUGGGACAGCUACUGAGCCAGCAGAGGAACCCACACCCAAUUCCACCUUGUUCUCAAAAGUAAAACACCUCCCAGCGGGCUCAGGUAAACUCGAAGAUUCCACAAAGUCUGUGGCAGCUACGCACAAAGUUUGGUACGAGCUGCUGCGAGAAUAUGCAAGACGGCAUCUCACAUCCGACAAUGACCAUUUGCUGGCGAUCGGUGCAAUAGCCGAGUCCUUCCACACUCAGUUGAAAGAACAGUAUUGCGCAGGUUUGUGGAGGGGCGAUCUCCUAUUUGGCUUGCUAUGGAGCCUUCACUGUAGCAGUGGUGGCUCAGGACCGCCUGGUAAAAUUCUUCGACGCGCCAUGCUUCGAUUCUUUGGCUACGAUGACAAACAUCCUAGACUACCUGCUAGGACAAUACCGACUGGUGUUUCCAAAAAUCACGGGCCGUCGUGGAGCUGGGUAGGAGCUGACACGUUUGACGGUUUAACCUGGCCCUCGCAGAGUACUGAUACCCUCGACUACCUGGCAAAGGUCGUUGGUGUUGAGGUUCGCGACAAGCUUCACGGCGACUUUGGUCCCGUUGAAGACGCGGUACUAACAUUGGAUGCACCGUAUCGACACCUCUAUUUGAGACUCGGUGGCUAUUCGAAGUCCCUGUGGAAUCCUAUGAAUGUGGUACGGAGGGUCCUGACACGACUCAGUCCGUUGCCAAGGACGAGGAAGUUAGCACAGGUCGCCCUGAUGAGGCCUGACUACCUCGCAUCGACGACGACCGGCGGCUCUGUCAAUGUUUCAAGCAGCAGCACGGAGUUCACACUAGUCCAACUCGCCAAAACGAAUACAGGGACUCAGCCAGUGCUCUAUCUACUCCUUUUACAGCGACAGACGAGAGAAAAAGCCAACAGUGGGGGGCCACAACGUUAUCGCAGAGUUGGGUUGCUGCGGCUUAUGCCUUAUAAGCACGACAAUGAUAACUACAUAGGGGAAGAUAUGACGGAUCUCCUAGAGGGUGCGGCGUAUCGUGAAGUGACCAAAAAGGAAUGGCCUGUUGGGACCUUUAUAAUUGACUGA